UGGCGCUCGAGCCGCGGUUGCCAGGUGACGCGGGUUUAAACUGCCCCUCCCCCCCCCCCGGGCUGACACACAGCGCAUGCGCCUGGAUGACUUCCUCGCCAACUCCGGCUCGGUGGCGCUCUUUAAUGUCAAGCAGAGCGGAGCGGUGGUGGUGGAGGGGGGAAAAAGAAAGGACUUGGCUCACUCCCCGGGGCUGCCGUGCCGUGUUGUGAUGUGAUGUGAGGUAAAUCCACUUGAAGAAAAGGAGAAAAAAACGAAAGAAAGAAAACCCGACAAGAAAACGCCAACGCGCGAUAAAAAAAAGCUCGCCUUUAACACGCGUAAACAUGGAGGAGGAAUUCGCUGCCAAUGACCGGGAAAACCGCUGGCCUCAGCUCUUCGCGGAAAUUCGAAAUGAAUCCCAAGAUUUCCCCUAUAGAGUGGCAAAAUCUCCAGAGAACCGGAAUUUAAAUCGUUAUAGAGAUGUCAGUCCUUUUGACCACAGUCGUGUUAAACUUCAGAAUCCAGACAAUGAUUAUAUCAAUGCAAGUCUAAUUGUAGAGGAAGAGGCCCAACGAAGCUACAUUUUAACUCAGGGUCCACUUCCCAACACUUGUGGACAUUUCUGGCUAAUGGUAUGGGAACAGAAAAGCAAAGCAGUCGUGAUGCUUAACCGUGUUGUUGAAAAGGGGUCGGUAAAAUGUGAACAAUAUUGGCCGAGCACAGAAACUGGUGAGAUGACGUUUGAAGAUACUGGGUUUCAGCUGAGGGUAUUGUCAGAAGAUGUUCAAUCGCACUACACUGUCCGACAGCUACAGCUGAAAAAACUCUCUACUAAUGAAACAAGAGAGAUUUUCCACUUCCACUAUACAACAUGGCCUGACUUUGGAGUACCAGACUCGCCUGCUUCAUUCCUUAGCUUUCUGUUCCUUGUAAGAGAGUCUGGCUCUUUGAAUUCUGAACAUGGACCAGCCGUGGUUCACUGCAGUGCGGGCAUUGGACGAUCUGGCACCUUCUCGCUGGUAGAUACCUGCCUUCUUUUGAUGGAAAAACGCAAGAACCCUUCAUCUGUGGACAUUAAAAAAGUACUUCUAGGAAUGAGGAAAGAUCGGAUGGGACUUAUUCAGACUGCAGAUCAGUUGAGAUUCUCUUAUAUUGCAGUUAUAGAGGGAGAAAAGCGCAUCAAGGGAGACUCUUCUGGGAAGAAAAGGUGGAAACCACUUUCUGAUCAGAAUCCAAAUCCUGUGAAUGUGCGUUCGCCUCCACCACCCCAGCCUCCAGAAAGCACAGUUGUACGGUACAACGGGAACAAGACUACUGGUUUGUCGACCAUGGAAGCAAACGAUUCAGAAACAAAAUCCCCCAUGGAACAAGCUUCUUACGUGAAACAAGAAAACGAGGACCACAAAUUUCAUAACCUUCGGAAACGCCUCCGCGAGGACAGGAGAGCAAACACAGCUCAGCAGGUGCAACGAAUGAAACAGAAGCAAAGUGAAACUGAGAUGAAACGAAAAAGGCUAAAGACUGUCUGACCGCUAACUUCACAGAACAGAUGCCACAUUCUGCACCUAUUUUUAUCAGCCGUGGAAUUCAGAAGAAAGAAACCCAUCCAGGACAGUGAAGUCUGCCAAUGGGUAGAUCUCACAUGUAACUGUUUACAACGUAAACUACUAAAUGCAGGAGACAAACAGCUGACCCACCCGACUUCUGCAGAUAAAAGUGGAUUUCAUGUAUUGUCACAUGUUUAAUGUUUUGUCUCUCUCACAAAAUUUUUUUUAAAAAAAGCUUUGUACUUUAAAAUUAAUUCUGUUGUAUUUUUAUACCUUAAGCUGCAUUAAAUGUUCAGAAUUAAAAAGCAUUAAAAUUUGUUCCACUUU